AUUCAUCGUCUAAAAUGCCAAAUUGGUGAAUUUAUCUUAUCAAAUGAUAAGAAGAUAAAGAAAAAGACCUAAGAAUAACAUUCCUGAUGUUUACUUCAAAGCAACCAAUUAAUCUAAUCAAUUGGUCAGUUUAUAAAAUUAUCUUUAUGAUGUCCAGUAAUGAGGCUGUAAUAGCUUCCUCUCCGAAGAAGAAGCCGCUCUAGUCAAUUUUCUUUUAAUUUUCACAAUCAAUUGUGGUUGUAAAGUCAGCAAUGGCAGGCAUCUUUUUGGCAAUUGUUCUGCUCAUUAGUGCAGUUGGUGCAACGACAGUAAUCUACCCAUGUCCGGAACUUGGACUUGCUCGACUUCCGCAUGCAACUUCCUGCACUAAAUAUGUUCAGUGCAUUUCUGGUAUUCAUGUGAUUCAUGAGUGUGCCGAAGGGUUGCGAUACAGCAGCUUUAACAACAGAUGCCGAUUACCCAACCUUGCUGGUUGUGGCCACGAUGAGUUCCUCUGCCCCCUUUUCCAUGAUCCCGAAAAUCUCGUAUAUCUGGCUGACAAUGAUGACUGUGCUGUGUACUACCUGUGCUACAAUGGUGUCCCACAGAGAUUUGAUUGCGACGAAGGGCUCCACUGGAAUGUGCGGGAUCGCAAAUGUGACUUUCCGGAGAGAGCAAAUUGCCGCUUGGUGAACAUUAACUGCCCAGAUAGUGGUUUUCAAGUUGUCCCACAUCCACACAACUGCGAGAGAUUCUUCCGUUGCGUCAGUGGGCAGCAGUUUGAAGCCAGGUGCCCCGAUGGGAUGCUCUUCGAUGCCAUCAGGAAUGAAUGCUACGAUAGGAACUAUGCCACGUGCUUCCUCCCAUCACCACCAGUUAAUACAACUCCUACGCCACCCAUUAACACGACGCCAACUCCUCCAGUCAACACAACACCCACACCACCAGUUAGCACAACACCACAAGUAAAGUGAAGCUUCUGUAUGCGAUUUUCUUAUGUAAAUAAACUUAAAUUUCUUAAGCAUUAAA